GCCUCCUGCUCCCCCCGGCCCGAUUAGCUGCAGAAUCGCCUCUCCGGCGGCGGCUGCGGGUCCUGCCGGGAGCUGGCGGCCGCCUGGCUCCCUCCCCUGCCAAAGCCAACUGUGGCGUAGCCAGAGAAACGGGCAGCAAAAAUAGAACAGCAGGAUGGCUGCGCGUGGGCGAGGCAGAAACCACAUCGCCAGCAAAACCUCCCAGCGAUAUUUUAGGACCGAUACGGGCAGAGGCCGUGGCGUUUUGCUCUCUUUUCACCAAACACUCCCCGGGGGAGGGUGAGGAGGGAGAGGGGCGCAAGUCCCGGGCGAGGACCGUCCCUGUCCCACUCCUGCCUCCCCUGCCCCUUCCCUGGCGUAUCCCCACUGACACGGGCUGGGAAGGGGGAAGGGGUUAAUUGAGUCCGGGGCCGGGCGGCGCGCAGAGGACGGGCGGCAGUUUGAAAGACGGAGACUGGACAGCUGUGUUUGCUGUGGUAUUUUUAAACGCAUUAAUGCAGGCUCCAAUCACCCGGCCAUGCUUGACCUAUUUUUGGCUCAGGCCGGCCAUUGUUCUAUUUCUGCCGCCGCUGGGCCACGAGGGUGUCAAUUCAAAUGCAAAUGAGUUAUCGCUGCUGCUCCCGCCAACUUCGCCCAGCCGCCUGGCCGAGGGACAGCCGGCCGGGAGCGGAGAGGGGCGCGGGCACGGCAACGCGGGGCUAGGCUGGGGUCAGCUCGGUUAAACCCUCCGCGUCUCCGGGUCCCUGGAAAGGUGGCUUAUUCGGUUUGAUGGUUUGUUAGAGGCAGUUUCCCCCCCCUCCCCGCCCUGCCAGGAAGCCCAAAGCGCAGAGAUAUUUCUUCAUUUCUUCUUCCACCUGCCGCUGGCUGCCCGAACGCAACUGCUCAAACUCGGCAGCGCUCAGCCCCCCGCACGCUCACCGCUCCCUUCCUGCGGGCGGGGGCUGCCGACGGUGGAUUUGGGCUUUUCCUUCUCCUCAUAGAUACUUGUGCAAAUGCUUAAACACUGCUAAUUGCUGAAGCGUAUUAUCUCACGACCCUCGCUGAAGGAGGUAGGACUGCAGAGGGUCGUGCCCGAAGCCUAUGUGCAAGUGCAGUGAUGAAUCUCUUGUGUAGCUGAAGUGCAGACCAGUUGGAAUAUGCUGCAGACAAUUUACGAGAGUGAAUCGUGUUUUUCCUCAGAUGGGGUUUCUGGACGUGAACAGCUCUUGGCUCAGCAAAGAAUGCACAGUAUGAUCAGCUCAGUGGAUGUGAAGUCGGAGGUUCCUGUGGGCCUGGAGCCGAUCUCACCAUUAGACUUGCGAACGGAUCUCAGGAUGAUGGUUCCCAUGGUGGACCCGAUUAUGCGCGAAAAGCAGCUACAGCAGGAGCUGCUCCUGAUCCAGCAGCAGCAGCAGAUUCAGAAACAGCUGCUCAUUGCAGAGUUCCAGAAGCAGCAUGAAAACCUGACCCGCCAGCAUCAGGCCCAGCUCCAGGAGCACAUUAAGGAACUACUAGCCAUUAAACAACAGCAAGAACUCCUUGAAAAAGAGCAGAAACUGGAGCAGCAAAGACAAGAGCAGGAACUGGAGAGGCAUCGCAGGGAGCAGCAGCUUCCUCCCCUCCGAGGCAAAGAAAGAGGACGAGAAAGGGCAGUGGCCAGUACAGAAGUGAAGCAGAAACUUCAAGAGUUCCUGUUAAGUAAAUCAGCUACAAAAGACUCUCCAGCAAAUGGGAAGAAUCAUUCCAUGAACCGUCACCCCAAGCUCUGGUACACGGCUGCCCACCAUACCUCACUGGAUCAAAGCUCUCCACCCCUGAGUGGGGCCUCGCCACCAUACAAAUAUACUUUACCAGGAGCACAGGAUGCUAAGGAUGAUUUUCCACUUCGUAAAACGGCUUCAGAGCCCAACUUGAAGGUACGUUCAAGAUUAAAACAAAAGGUGACAGAAAGGAGAAGCAGUCCUUUGCUCAGGAGGAAGGAUGGAAACGUCAGUUCAUUCAAGAAGCGUCUUUUCGAGGUGACAGAAUCCUCCGUCAGUAGCAGCUCCCCUGGAUCAGGUCCCAGUUCCCCAAGCAAUGGCCCAACCAGCAGUACCACAGAAAAUGACACCUCAGUUUUGUCAUCUAACAUUCAAGCUGAGCGCCUGGUUUCCCAGCAACGCCUUUUGAUACAGGAUGAAUCAGUGAACUUGUUGAGUCUGUACACAUCCCCUUCUCUGCCCAACAUUACCUUGGGACUUCCAGCAAUACAACCUCAAAUCAGUGCUUCGACGUCAUUCAAAGAAAAGCAGAAGGGGGAGACCCCACCACUUAGACAAGGCGUGGCCUUGGCUGGACAGUAUGGAGGAAACAUCGCUCCAUCAUCAACUCAUCCUCACAUUGCUUUGGAGGGAAAGCCAAACAGCAGCCACCAAGCUCUCUUGCAGCAUCUGUUACUGAAAGAACAAAUGAGACAGCAAAAACUUCUUGUGACUGGAGCGGUUCCUCUUCAUCCACAAUCUCCUUUAGCAGCAAAGGAGAGAGUCUCACCUGGCAUAAGAGCUGCCCACAAACUGCCUCGUCACAGGCCUCUGAACAGAACCCAGUCUGCUCCUCUUCCUCAGAGUACUUUGGCCCAGUUGGUCAUCCAGCAGCAACAUCAGCAAUUUUUGGAGAAGCAGAAACAGUACCAGCAGCAGAUCCACAUGAAUAAGAUGCUCUCUAAGUCCAUUGAGCAGCUCAAGCAGCCUGGCAGUCACCUGGAGGAAGCUGAAGAAGAGCUUCAUGGAGAUCACUCGAUGCAGGAAGAGCGAGCUCCCGCCAGCAGUGCCAGCAUUAGGGCUGAGAGCAGCAGUGCUGGUGUGGAUGAAAGAAUAGGACAGCAGGUGGGGGCUGUGAAAGUCAAAGAGGAGCCACUGGACAGUGAUGAGGAUGUUCAAACCCAGCAAAUGGAAUCUGGGGAGCAAGCUGCUUUUAUGCAACAGGAGUUCCUGGCACAUCGGCAUGUCCACCAGUUGCAAAUCUACCAGGCUCAGAUGGCUACAGUUGGCAUGGCAGGAUCAGAUAAACAUCGACCACUUUCCAGGACCCCAUCUUCCCCCACUGACUCCACAUUACCUCACCCAGACAUGGACCAGCCCAGCCAGCAUGUCUACACAACUGGUGUUGUGUAUGACAGUCUGAUGCUGAAACACCAGUGCAUGUGUGGGAACUAUUCCAAUCACCCUGAACACGCUGGAAGAAUCCAAAGCAUCUGGUCAAGGCUGCAAGAAACUGGGUUGCUAAACAAAUGUGAGCGAAUUCGAGGUCGAAAAGCCAGUCUGGAGGAAAUACAGCUGGUUCACUCUGAACAUCAUUCACUGCUGUAUGGCACCAGCCCACUGAACAGACAGAAGCUGGACCCCAGGAAACUCCUAGGAAACGUGUCUCAAAAACUCUUUUCCUUGUUGCCGUGUGGGGGACUUGGGGUGGACAGUGACACCGUUUGGAACGAGCUGCACUCGGCCGGGGCGGCACGCAUGGCGGUGGGCUGUGUCAUCGAGCUGGCGGCCCGCGUGGCCUCCCGGGAGCUGAAGAAUGGCUUUGCUGUUGUAAGGCCCCCAGGCCAUCAUGCUGAAGAAUCAACAGCCAUGGGGUUCUGCUUUUUUAAUUCGAUUGCAAUUACUGCCAAAUACUUGAGAGACAAGCUAAAUAUAGGCAAGAUAUUGAUUGUAGAUCUGGAUGUUCACCAUGGCAACGGUACACAGCAGGCUUUUUAUGCUGACCCCAGCAUCCUGUAUGUUUCCCUCCAUCGCUAUGAUGAAGGCAACUUCUUCCCCGGCAGUGGAGCCCCAAAUGAGGUUGGAAGUGGCCCUGGUGAAGGGUAUAACAUAAAUAUUGCUUGGACAGGUGGCUUGGAUCCUCCUAUGGGUGACGUUGAGUAUCUCACAGCAUUCAGGACCGUGAUUAUGCCAGCUGCCAAUGAGUUUGAUCCUGAAAUUGUCCUGGUGUCGGCCGGAUUUGAUGCUGUAGAAGGCCAUGACCCUCCGCUGGGCGGGUACAAAGUCACAGCUAAAUGUUUUGGUCACCUCACCAAGCAAUUGCUGAAGCUGGCGGACGGCCGUGUGGUGCUGGCGCUGGAGGGAGGACACGACCUUACUGCCAUCUGUGAUGCCUCUGAAGCCUGUAUAAAUGCCCUCCUAGGAAAUGAGCUGGAGCCUCUCCCGGAAGAUAUUGUGCACCAAAUCCCCAAUAUGAAUGCAAUAGCUUCUUUAAAAAAGACCACUGAAAUUCAAAGCAAGUACUGGAAGUCAGUGGAGCCAUACUCUGUGCCAGUGGAUUGUGCUCUGGCUGAGUCUCAGAAGCAAGAGAGGGAGGAGACAGAAACAGUAUCAGCUAUGGCCUCUCUUUCAGUGGAUGUUGAGCAGUGUAUUCCUCAGGAAGGCAGCAGAGCUGCUGGUGAGCCCAUGGAAGAAGAGCCAGCCUUGUGAAGUGCCAAGUCCUCCCUGAUAUUUCCUGUGGGUGACAUCAUUGUGUAUCCCCCAAAGCACCCUCAGACAUGUCUUGUCUGCUUCUUGGGUGGCACAGAUCAGAUGGAACAUAAACACUGGGCACAAAACUCAGAGUAGCAGCUUCACUUGUUCUUUGGAUGGAGUUGAAAGAGCCUGAAAGAUUCCUUAAAUGUAACCGACAAAAUUCUAGAGUUACAGUAAAACGGACUUGGGAGAAAGAGCCCAGAGCAUGCUUUUUUAAUGCUGUUUGACCCACUCACCAACACAAAUUGUGAAAUAGAGUAUUGCAAAAUCCUACAUGAUAGAUUAUAGAUAUGAGAAAUGCAACAGCCAGCAACAUACUCUGUGAACUCCGUGAAUCACUUUCUGACACUUUUUACUGGAUAAUUUUUUUCAUACCGUGUUAAAUUGUUAAUAGAAUUUGUUUUCUUUGCUCUGUGUAAUGAAGAAAAAAAGAAAAACCCACCCUUAUUUUAUGUGCCAUUUUUUAACCUCCUGUAAUGAAUUCUUAGCUGAAUAAGUGAAAAGCAUUUAAAUUAUGAUGAGGGAUUUUAGCUAAAGGGAAAGCACUUCUUAUUGUACUAUAAAUCCCCUGAAGUACUGUGCUUGGUGGUGCUUUAUUUUCUCUUCCCUGUUCCUGGUCAUCCCUCCCCAUUUCAUGUAAUCUUUUCUAUCAUAAAAACACAUUCAUGAUUCUCCAAAAUGAUCUUUUGCCUUUAAGAAAAAGUGCUGUACCCUCUGUAGUUGACAGUAGCGCUCACCAUAUGUGCAGCAGAGAUCAAGUAUGGAUAGUUUUUCAAAUGUGUUUUUGGUUUGUUCUGAAAUGUUUCUGCGUUCUGACUCCAAAGCAGCGACCUUCAGUAACUGCGUGCAGCUCAUUUGAAGCUCAGGUGUUUCUGUGGAGGCUGUGUGGGGGUGUUUUUUACAGGUCGUGUUGUGAAUACGCACUGAUUCUUUUAUGUAGUCCUGCACCAAGAGAACUGAUGUUGCUUAAGAAGCUUCAAAGGGUUUAGGCUUUAUUUUAGAUCCCCAAAGUGCAGCAAGAUCUCCCUGCAAUGUGACUUUAGCUGUUUAAUUCCAUGUUUGAGAACGUAACAUAGAGUUGUGCCUUUAGCUGAAAAUGAACGCUUAAACUGUUACACGUGUUGCCUUACUGUCAGAGAGAGAGAGAGAUGGGGCAUGUAUGUAAGAGUACUUCAAAUGAACAAAACUCUGCUACAGUAACUUUUAUUUUGUUUACAACCUUCUCACCUAAUGAACCCCAGGAGAUACCUUGAAGUAUUCAGCUCUCAGUAUUUGAUAGCUUGCUCGACGUUUAAAAGCAAGUGAUGUUCGUUUUUUUUUAUAUUUGCCAAAUUCAAAAAAGAAAAAAAAAAAAAGGAUAUAUAUUAAAGCCAUAAGUGAAGACUGUCAUGCUUUUUAUUCUGAAAUCUGAAAGGAACCUUAAUUAAAACAAGAUUUUGUGGAAGGCCAUGAUAUGAAAGAUAUGGAACAAUAUGGUUUCAGUUAUAGGCAGACUCAAACCUGUAAAUCAAAGAUGAAAGAUUUCACUCAAAUAGAAUUAUAUAAUUCUCUUUUGUUAUGCAGUCAGACUAUAUCUUUCAUGCAUUUGGGUUUGUUUACGAUUAGCAUUUUCAUUUUAAAGACUUUUAUUACUUAUACCAAAGCUCUCCACUACAAGUUAGAAAUCUGAGGCAUGCUUUGAAAAGGGAAAUCUAAAAAAAGGGAUGUCAUUUCCUAUAAUGUGGAGUAAACUUUUAUUCUGAAAGGUUUACUCUGAAAUGAAUGUAUGCCCC